AUGGGUGUUGAGAAAGGCAACAAAUUGGAAGGCUUGUUAGAGGCGCAGAUCUUUAAGGCACUUGAAGAUUUGAUGAACGAAGAUCAAUGCAUGUAUGACACUAUAAUGUUUGAAGAAGUUGAUACGGAUGAUCAAAAUGAACAAGAAUGUGGUGUGAAUGAACCAGAAGUUGAUUAUUCGGAUGAGUUCAAUACUUCUCAGGUGUUUGACAGUCGAGAUGAUGUUUUGCAGUGGGCUCAAUCCGUUGCUUAUGAAAAUGGACUUGUGGCGGUCAUUAUAAGGUACAGAGUCCCACGGCUUGAUUUUGUUGGGGUGACACCAACAGGGAUGACAUUCGCUGCUGGUUUUGCAUAUCUAGAGGGUGAACAUCUUAAUAAUGUGGUAUGGGCUUUAGAACGCUUUCACAUAAACGAGAAUGUCAAGGCCAAAUGUAAAUCAUUAAUUGGUCAAAAAAAUGCUUGGGAGUAUGUCAUGGAUGCUUGGGGAAGUCUGGUUGAUUGUCUUUUGGAGCAGCAGUUCGAUGAAUGCCUGAAGAAGUUUGAAAUGGCUUGUUCACCUUGGCCAAUGUUUGUUGACUAUGUCAACGAAACAUGGAUAAUCUCACACAAGGAAAAAUUUGUUAUUGCCUGGACAAAUAAGGAUUUCAUUGACAACAUUGUGGAUGUCAAACCUGACGGAAACUAUGGAUAUCGGUCAGUUGCCGAAUUAUUAGGUAUGGGUGAAGACUCUUGGUCGUUGGUUCACAACCAUCUGCUUAAAGAACUUGGCAAAUUCUCAUAUGACUAUAUCAAACUCUUCGAUGGCACGGACAGAUUUGAAGAAUUAAGGAUGUCACUACUUGUUGAUGAGUUAACCAAGACUAUUUCGACGAAUUUGGAAUGA